AUGAGGAUGGCAAAAGCUCAACCGGGCAAAGCACUCCAUGACGCUCAACAAACCAAGCACCAGCUAAAACACUGGGCUGCAGCCCCACAUCGCCACAAACCAACAAGCAAAUGCCAGCCACACAUGCUAAAGAAAAUAGAGAGCAGACAGAGCACCACGCGGGCAACAUACGGCACCCACCGCACCAGAGAGGCCCGGGACCCCACUAGGACUCAAGCACGCAAAAACGAAACACUGUCCCACCAGCAAGCCCAGAUGUGGAGGGACCCCUCACCCUCACAGCGCCACGCUGCAACUAAACACACACCUAGAAACACUCACCCACUCCUCCAGCAGCAUACACCAUCCAGCUCCACUACAGACUCGGACCCUGCCAACACACCAGGCACCUCAAAUAGCAUUCACGCUCAGGAACCCGACCGGCCUCGCCGGAAGAAAAGGACUGGGGAAACUCAAGACAAACAACGGAGGCAUGGGAUUCCGGGCUGCGCCCCCGAUCUGGUUGGAGUCACUAACGGGCCAAAGAAAGGACUAUCUGCUCCAGCACAUAAGUGGCAUCGGGUGAAGAUGUGCAGCUACAAGGACUCUUUCCACUGCAGCUGA